AUGCGGCACGGCCAUAGUCUACUACCCGCACGGCUUCCGGACGGCAAAUGGUUUACUAUCCGCACGGCAAUAGUCUACUAUCCGCACGGCAAUGGUUUACUAUCCGGUGCCCUGGCUGUCGGACUGGCACCAGUUUUGGAGGACAACGUAGGAACCGAACCGCAUUCAACAUUCUGCCUUUAUCGAAUGGACGACGGCAUUCAACAUUCUGCCUUUGUCGAAUGGACGAAAAAGUUGAAGCUUCCAGAGGAGUUCAUCGUGGAAGAUCAGAAUGGUUGUGAUGUCACGCUACGUUCGUUCACUCAGUUGCAAAGAAUGCACGCCUGGCUGGAGUUGAAGCUUCCAGAGGAGUUCAUCACGGAAGAUGCAUUCAACAUUCUGCCUUUGUCGAAUGGACGAAAGUAA